GCCGCCUCCGGCCCGCAGAGGCAGUGAGCGCCGGGAGGCAGUGCGGCCGCAGCCGGCGGAGGGCACCCCCGCUGACGGUCACCCCUCUGAGGGUCACCUGCCCGGCCCAGGUGGGGCCAUGCGGAGCGGAGGAGGCUGCUUCGGAGGCUGCUGCUGAGGGAUGGUUGGUGUGUGGUUACCUCUGCUCACGGGUUCUCUUUCAUCUGAGGACGCGUCUGGCUCCAGCUCUGUUCAACUCUCCGCCUCCUGAGGCAUUUCAUCUUUAAGGGCCGGCUGCUUGCGUGCACUUUUAUACCCACCGAAGCGACCAAGAAACCAUGUUGUUUGCUGGAAGAAGUGCGUUUCUGUGCCUUGGAAUGAUAUGGAGCUUUUGGAGCUCUGCGAGUUGGAUGCCUGUCGGAGGAUGCCCACAUAAAUGUACAUGUAUUGCUUCCAACGUGGAUUGUCACGGACUGGGACUCAAAACUGUACCGAGGGAUAUUCCCAGAAACGCAGAGAGACUUGAUCUAGAAAAAAACAACAUCACAAGAAUCACAAAGACUGACUUCACAGGACUGAAGAAUCUCCGUGUCUUACACUUGGAAGAAAAUCAGAUUAGUGUGAUUGAACGUGGAGCUUUUCAGGAUCUAAAACAACUUGAACGGCUGCGUCUGAACAAGAAUAAAUUGCAAGUUCUUCCAGAGCUGCUUUUUCAGAACACACAGAAGUUAACUAGAUUAGACCUGAGUGAAAACCAGAUAAAAGGAAUCCCUAGAAAGGCCUUUCGAGGAAUCGUUGAUGUGAAGAAUCUGCAACUGGACAACAACCAGAUCAGCUGCAUCGAAGAUGGAGCCUUCCGAGCCCUGCGCGACCUGGAGAUCCUUACUCUCAACAAUAACAACAUUACCCGCAUCCCUGUUACCAGUUUCAAUCAUAUGCCAAAGAUCAGAACUCUGCGGCUUCACUCCAACUUCCUGCACUGCGACUGUCACCUGGCCUGGCUGUCGGACUGGCUGCGGCAGCGCCGCACCAUCGGGCAGUUCACCUUCUGCCUGGCCCCCGUCAACCUGCGCGGCUUCCUGGUGGCAGAUGUGCAGAAGAAGGACUUUGUCUGCUCUGGUUCCCAGUCUGAACCUCCAUCGUGCAGUGCCAGUUCCAUCACUUGCCCAUCUGCCUGCACCUGCAGCAACAAUGUGGUGGAUUGUCGAGGAAGGGGCUUAACAGAAAUUCCAGCUAACCUCCCAGAAGACAUUUGGGAAAUACGUUUGGAACAAAACCUCAUCAAAAUCAUUCCCCCUGGAGCUUUUACCCAGUACAAGAAGCUAAAGAGAAUAGACAUCAGCAAGAAUCAAAUCUCUGACAUUGCACCUGAUGCAUUCAAAGGCUUGAAGUCUCUCAUUUCAUUAGUGCUCUAUGGAAACAAGAUCACAGAGAUUCCCCAGGGCCUUUUUGAUGAUCUUGUGUCUCUGCAGCUGCUGCUUCUCAAUGCCAAUAAGAUCAACUGCCUGAGGGUAAACACGUUUCAAGGUCUGCAUAAUCUCAAGCUGCUAUCUCUUUAUGACAACAAACUGCAGACCAUCAGCAAGGGACUCUUUGCACCUCUGCGAUCGAUCCAGACUCUACAUUUAGCUCAGAAUCCAUUUGUGUGCGACUGCCAUUUGAAGUGGCUGGCUGAUUACCUGCAGGAUAAUCCGAUAGAGACCAGCGGCGCUCGGUGCAGCAAUCCGCGUCGCCUUGCCAACAAGCGAAUCAGCCAGAUCAAGAGCAAGAAGUUCCGCUGCUCAGGGUCAGAGGAUUACAGAAGUAAAUUCACUGGGAAGUGUUUCAUGGACCUUGUCUGUCCCGAGAAGUGUCGCUGCGAGGGAACCAUUGUAGACUGCUCUAACCAAAAACUCACCCGAUUACCCAGUCACCUUCCUGAAUAUACUACUGAUCUGCGUCUGAAUGACAAUGAUAUUUCUGUUUUGGAAGCCAUCGGGCUCUUCAAGAAACUGCCCAACCUCAGAAAAAUAAAUCUAAGCAACAACAAGAUCAAGGAGAUCCGAGAAGGCACAUUUGAUGGAGCUUCAGGAGUGCAGGAGCUGAUUCUGACAGAGAAUCAACUGGAGUCAGUGCAUGGACGGAUGUUUCGAGGCCUCUCAGGGCUAAAGACAUUGAUGCUGAGGAGCAACUCUAUCAGCUGUAUAAACAAUGACACCUUUGCUGGACUGAGCUCAGUGAGGCUUCUUUCACUGUAUGACAAUCACAUCAGCACUAUCACCCCCGGAGCCUUCAGCACAUUAGUCUCUUUGUCUACAAUUAAUUUGCUGGCUAACUCCUUUAAUUGUAACUGCCACUUGGCCUGGCUGGGAAAAUGGUUGAGGAAGAAGAGAAUUGUCAGUGGAAAUCCACGCUGCUUGAAACCCUUUUUCCUAAAGGAUAUUCCAAUCCAAGACGUAGAUGUCCAGGACUUCACCUGUGAUGGUAAUGAAGAAAGCAGCUGCUUGCUUUCACCUCCCUGCCCUUCCCAGUGUACCUGUGUGGACUCGGUGGUACGCUGCAGCAACAAAGGGCUGCGGAUAUUACCCAAAGGGAUUCCCAAAGACGUGACUGAGCUGUACCUGGAGGGCAACCAUCUGACUGCUGUGCCAAAGGGACUCUCCACCUUCAGACACCUCACGCUGAUUGAUUUGAGCAACAACAGCAUAAGUGUACUGACCAACUAUACCUUCACCAACAUGACUCAGUUAUCAACACUCAUCUUGAGUUACAAUAGACUCCGGUGCAUUCCAGUCCAUGCCUUCAAUGGGCUCAGGUCUCUUCGAGUGCUAACACUCCAUGGAAACGACAUUUCCAGUGUUCCGGAAGGCUCUUUCAACGACCUGGUAUCCCUGUCCCAUCUGGCUCUGGGCACCAACCCUUUGCACUGUGACUGCAACCUCCGCUGGCUCUCCGAGUGGGUGAAGGCUGGGUACAAGGAGCCAGGGAUAGCCCGCUGCAGUGGACCCGAUGCCAUGGUGGACAGGCUGCUGCUCACAACACCGACGCACCACUUCCAGUGCAAAGAGCCGGUGGAUAUCAGUGUUGUGUCCAAGUGUAACCCCUGCCUCUCCAACCCAUGUAAGAACAAUGGGACGUGCAGCAAUGAUCCACUGGAGAUUUAUCAAUGCACUUGCCCUUUUGGCUUCAAGGGUCGUGACUGCAGCGUGCCCAUUAAUUCUUGCAUCCAAAAUCCAUGUCAGAAUGGAGGGACCUGCCACCUCACCGAGGCAAAUAAAGAUGGAUUCAGCUGUUCUUGUCUGCUUGGGUAUGAGGGGGAGAGGUGUGAAAUAAACCCAGAUGACUGCGAGGAUAAUGACUGUGAGAAUAACUCUACAUGUGUGGAUGGGAUCAACAACUAUGUCUGUAUCUGCCCUCCUAACUACACAGGUGAGCUGUGUGAUGAGGUGAUUAACCACUGUGUUCCUGAUCUGAAUCCAUGCCAGCAUGAGUCCAAAUGCCUUCCCCUGGACAAAGGAACCAGAUGUGAGUGUUUGCCAGGCUACAGUGGAAAACACUGUGAAAUAGAUGAUGAUGACUGUGUGGGCCAUAAGUGUCACCAUGGAGCUGUCUGCGUAGAUGCAGUCAAUGGCUACACCUGCAUCUGUCCUCAGGGCUUCAGUGGACUGUUCUGUGAGACACCUCCACCAAUGGUCCUGCUGCAGACCAGCCCCUGUGACAACUACGAGUGCCAGAACGGGGCUCAGUGCAUCGUGGUGCACCAUGAGCCUGUGUGCCGCUGCCUGGCCGGCUUCGCGGGACAGAGGUGUGAGAAGCUCAUCACCGUCAACUUCGUGGGGAAGGAUUCCUACGUGGAGCUGCCCUCGGCCAAGAUCCGCCCGCAGGCAAACAUCUCCCUCCAGGUAGCAACGGACAAGGACAAUGGCAUCUUAUUAUACAAAGGAGACAACGAUCCUUUGGCUCUGGAGUUGUACCAAGGACACGUGAGGCUCAUCUACGACACACUGAACUCUCCACCUACCACAGUGUACAGCGUGGAAACAGUAAACGAUGGACAGUUUCAUAGUGUGGAGCUGAUGAUGCUGAACCAGACUCUGAACCUGGUGGUGGACAAGGGGACUCCCAAGAGUCUGGGAAAACUCCAGAAGCAGUCUGCAGUCAGCCUCAACACACCACUCUACAUUGGAGGCAUCCCCACCUCCUCUGGCUUGUCAUCGCUGCGCCAGGGUGCAGAUAAGACACCCAACGGUUUCCAUGGCUGUAUCCAUGAUGUCCGCAUCAACAACGAGCUGCAGGAUUUCAAGGACUUACCCCAGCAGUCCCUAGGAGUCCUUCCUGGAUGCAAGUCCUGCAACAUCUGCAAGCACGGCAUCUGCCGGUCUCUGGAGAAAGCCAGUGUGGUCUGUGAGUGUCACCCAGGCUGGACGGGUCCCCUGUGUGACCAGGAGACUGGAGACCCCUGUCUUAACCACAAGUGUCUGCACGGUAAGUGCAUGGUGGCCAAUGUUGCUUACACGUGUAAGUGCAUGGAGGGCUACACAGGCAUGUACUGUGACAAGAAGAACAAUUCCUCAAAUCCCUGCAGGACUCUGAAAUGCAACCAUGGACAGUGUAAAGUGUCAGAGCAUGGGGAGCCCUACUGCGAGUGUGAUCCCAACUACAGCGGGGAGCACUGCGACAGAGAGAACCUCUGCCAAGGAGACAUCAUCCGGGAAGUCGUCCGUAAGCAGCAGGGCUACACGUCGUGUGCCACUGCCUCCAAAGUGCCGCGCCUGGAGUGCCGCGGCUCCUGCGGCAAUGGGCAGUGCUGUGUGCCCCUCCGCAGCAAGCGGAGGAAAUACUUCUUCCAGUGCAUGGAUGGCUCCACCUUCACGGAGGAACUGGAGAGACAUGUGGAAUGCGGCUGCUCCAAGUGCUUGUAAGCCGUUCUCCGGUCUCUUGCCACUUUAAUCGACUCAGAAGCGCUAUCAAAAUGGGACCUAUUUACUUUCAGAGUGAAGAAGAAGAAAAGAAUUAUUAAGUAUAUUGUAAAAUAAGCAAAAAAUAGAACUUAUUUUUAUUAUGGAAAGUGACUAUUUUCAUCUUUUAUUAUAUAAAGUAUCGCACCACUUUGGGUAUAUGUAUCAUAUAGUGAGCUAUUUUUACCAUGAAACUUUUUUAACAGUUGUAAGAAAAAAAAAUCAAAAGUUAAAAGUUAAAAAAAAAAGAUUCUAAAGCAAACCUGGCCUAAAGGAGACAUGUGGGGUGACUGCAGGUGUGCGCACAGUGACCCGAUGGAAAGGUGUCCCAAGGACCGGCCACAGGACUGAUCCGGGCUGGAGGAGCCUCCGAGGCACUGGGUGGGUGUCCCAGGAGAUCCCGUCAUUCCCGACAUCCAUCCAUCCUGCCCAGGCUCCCUGAGGAAGCCUCCCCUCAGUCCCUCGCUCUGCCUGACACUGCUGACGCCAUUCGCUCCUGUACAGUGGCUCCACUUGCUCGUCUUGAACUGGUUCCCUAUAGGCACUACCGCAGCUUGAGGCUAACAACAUUAUUUGACUAUUGUAAUACUCUCCUACAUUUUUUGCUGUGUAUGUUGUAUUUAUCUGUGUUCACAUUAUAUUCUGCAGCAACUGUAUCUAUAGAGCACAGGCAGCUUUAUCCAAAAGAAGGGGACGAAGGGAAAGGAAGUGGGGAAUAUGUGUUGCUUUGGGAAAUUUGGGGGCAAAAUGUGAACUAAGUGCUAAGUAAUGCCUAAUAAAUGACAUAGUACUGUUGUGUAAACUCCUCAGCUAUGUUAUUUCCCAAGUUUGUGCCUUCUUGCUCCCAGCCUUGAGCCCUUUUUUGUAUAUGAACUAUAAGGAAUGCACUGCUACAUAGUUUGUUGCGCCUCGACACUUUAACUUGCAGAGGUUGUAAAGAGCAUGAACAUUCUGCUGGUGCCAGAAGGUUAACACCCGCAGCAGAACAGCCCUUCCUGCUCUGGAAGCUGGGCUGUAGCUGCCUCUUCAUCCACGCUCCAUACCAAGCAGUUGGCUACUUCCCACUGCGCUUUACAUGAGCAGAAGUUGCACUAUACCCGGGUGAAGGUAUUGAGCUGGCUUUGUCCACCGCAGCAUCACUCUCUUCUCUGCACAAGGAGAGGUGUCACAGCUCCAUCCAACCCUGUUCUUGCCUCUGGUUCAGCCGAAGCUCCUCCAUCUGCACUGCUCCGUGCCCUGCACUGGUAUCUUCCAAAGGACUCCCACCAGCUUUGGCUGUGCUCAGAGCCACUGCUGAACAGGAAAUGAAAUCAGUGCAGGGCUGAAUUCUCACCAUGGAUGAGAGGCAAAACCUGACUUUGUGAGUGAGUUUGGGUUUUGGAGGGUUUUGUCAGGGCCACCUUUCAGGGUCAGUAAGUUACGUGUGAAGAGUACCAUGGAUACCUGGUGUUUCUCUACUGUACGUUUCAAACAUCACAUUAACAAUUGGUCCACUAUCAGUGUACUUUCUUUCCGUAACACAGCAAGGAUUUGGGUCCUUUCUUCAGUGUCUGUAGGAGAGGUAGGCAAGGAGGAUUCCAGCAGCCCUGAGCUCCUUUGGGGAAUGCUCACUGGCCUCAGCAGACAGGAUUUCAGACAAGGGGCUUCAGCAGAGGAGGAGCAGGAAAGCUGAAUCAAGAAAAAGGAGACUUUGUUUGACCAGAGCUUUGGGAAGAUGCACAGAAUACAGCCAUCAACAUUCAUUUCCCUUAAAGAAAGGUGACCAUCCAGCUCUCGUGCAGCCAGAAAGCUCAAAGUGCUGCUUCUGCUACAUCAGCCUCUCCUGAACUGCAACAAUUCACUCCUAUUCCUUUGUUUCUACCAGAGCAACAUGAGCAGAAGGGACAGAACCAACAGAAUAGCCACCUCACUAAAUAAACAGCAGCAUGUGGAGCCUGCCACCAGUGAAACAUAAACCAGUCACUAGUUCAUGUGCCAAACUCAUCGGAACAGUACAGCUCAACAGCCAGGGGAAAACAACCCUGGCUGCAAGCACCAAGGGCUGCUUUUUACUUUGGAUAGACCAUCAGAAGCUCACAGCAGCUGGAGGUUGUGGUGUGCAACAAAAAGCACCCAAACCCACAACAUGCAGGUGUUAAAAACUGAAGGCAACCACAGAUACUUGUGCAAAUACACGCCUGGCACAGCACUACCAUCAGUGACCUGUUCCUGCUCACAACACUUUGGGUAUAUGUAUCACUCUGGGAUUUAGGGAAGCAAAGCCUUGCAGCAAAGGGACCAGCAGCAGCUCAGCAAGGCUGGCCCUGGUCCUGGCCCUUUUCUGUCACAGCACUUGGAUGUUAAGCCUUGGGGUAAAGAACUAAGAGUAUCUAUUUUGUAACCAAAUGAUGCAAUUUUUGUAUGCUUUUAGGCAGCACUUGCCAUUGGAUAGUGAUGCUUUUAUGUCAAUGAUUCUCUGACUUGCUAUAGAGUUAUUUUAUGUUAAGAAGAAAAUAAAAAGCAUUCAGAUGUGCCAAAAAUGUGAGGUUAAUUGAAGUGUAAUCAGCUCUGAGAGUUCCUCUGUAACCUGCCUGAUGUUACACUAGAUUUCCAGAACUGCGGGUACAAUGCAGUAGUUUUUACCUCUAUAAAGUUUUAAUAUAAAGUGAAGAAAGAUGCUUACCCUUAAAACAUGGCAAUGCAGACUGGUGUGAACUGAUGUAUUCUAUUAAUAGAUCCUCCUUGUGAUGUAAGUUUAAAUAAAUUGUUGGGUUAUGGAAGAUUGUAA